GCGGAGCUGUAGGUCUGAGCGGAGCGCGCGGCGGUGGCGGCUGCCACGGCAACGGAGGAGGAUUUUUAGUGGGUCUGCACAAUGGCCUCCCCGAAGAAGAAGCUGCAGGGUCUCGUGGCUGCCACCCUCACGCCAAUGACGGAGAAUGGAGAAAUCAACUUUUCCGUCAUUGGCCGGUAUGUGGACUACCUUGUGGAAGAACAGGGAGUGAAGAGCAUUUUUGUGAACGGCACCACGGGAGAAGGGCUGUCCCUGAGCAUCGCAGAGCGCCGCCGGGUUGCUGAGGAGUGGGUGACCAGAGGGAGGAACAAGCUGGAUCAGGUGGUGAUUCACGUGGGAGCACUGAGCUUGAAGGAGUCACAAGAACUGGCCAAACAUGCAGCAGAAAUAAGAGCUGAUGGCAUUGCUGUCAUUGCACCUUUCUUUCUCAAGCCAUGGAACAAAGAUGUCCUGACUGACUUUCUCAAGGAGGUGGCUGCUGCGGCCCCGGCACUGCCGUUUUAUUACUAUCACAUCCCCGCCCUGACGGGGGUGAAGAUCCGUGCUGAGGAGUUGCUGGAUGGGAUUCAGGAGAAGAUCCCCACCUUCCAAGGGCUGAAGUUCAGCGACACGGACCUCUUAGACUUCGGGCAGUGUGUUGACCAGCAUCGCCAGCGGCAGUUCGCCUUCCUCUUUGGGGUGGACGAGCAACUGUUGAGUGCGCUGGUGAUGGGAGCAACUGGAGCAGUGGGCAGUACCUAUAACUACCUGGGGAAGAAGACAAACCAAAUGUUAGAGGCUUUUGAAAAAAAGGACUUCUCUUCAGCCCUGAAUUAUCAGUUUUGUAUCCAGAGGUUUAUCAAUUUUGUGGUGAAACUAGGGUUUGGAGUGUCGCAGAACAAAGCCAUCAUGACCCUCGUCUCCGGGAUUCCGAUGGGCCCGCCACGGCUUCCUCUGCAGAAAGCCUCCCGGGAGUUUACGGAUAAUGCUGAAGCGAAGCUGAAGAGCCUGGACGUCCUUCCUUUCACCAGUCUGGAGGACAGAGAUGUGGAAGCCUGUAGCUAGUCCCUGUCUAUCACAUCGUGGUGUGUGUUGAGACACAAUCCACUUUGAAUAGCAUACUCAUUUCUCAGGGAUUUAAUUUUUAAGAUCAACUACAAUCUCUCCCACCAAACUGAACCUCACAUCAUUCUAUCAAGUACUAAUCAAAUACUAGGAAACCACCAUGAGUUUUGUGGAAGGGACAAAAACCCUAAAAGUACUGAUGAGUCCUAACCCAUUCGCCAGUUCACAUGCUUUUCUAUGGAGACAUGUCUGCUUAGGUGGGUGAAAUGGACUUCAGUGGAAAAUUCUAACUGGUUCAUGUUAUCUGCCUUUUGGAGUUUCCACAAUCAUGACUUCUGCUUCUUUAGCCUUUUAUAAAGUGUUCUGACUUUAAAACA